AUGAAAGGAGACCCCUCUAAGAGGGACACCAGUAAAUACUGCGCAUUCCACGGGGAGCACGGUCAUUACACCAACAAUUGCAAUGCUUGGAAAAGGCAUAUUGAGGAGCUGGUCAGAGAAGGUCUUUGCACAGAAUUCGUCGCAAAGAAGGCCAUCCAACAAAUCGAGGAUCGUGAUGCGGCAGCCAAGGAACCUCCCCAAAAAGGAGUACCAGUUAUCGUGGAUACACCCAUCAUUGGUUUCCAGAAGAAAGACUUGAUCGGGCUUGACCUACCGCAUAAUGACGCCCUAGUCAUCUGCAUUCAGAUUAAACAAGCUGUGAUCGAGCGAGUUCAUGUGGAUGAGGGCAGCGCAGCCAACAUCCUGCAACUAUCUGUCAUCCAACAGAUGGGAUUGGAGCCCAAGAUUAGCAAACUCGCCAGGUCGCUCACUGGCUUCAAUGGGGCCACAUCAAUCACUGUUGGACUGGUCGACCUUGACGUCCACUCACCCCCAGUAGUCUGCUCGCAAACCUUCAUGGUCAUCGACGAGAUCUCCCCGUACAACGGAAUCUUGGGCCGACCGUGGAUCAGCAAGAUCGAGGCCAUCACAUCUGCUCUACACCAGAGGAUUCGCUACCCCAUCCCUGGAGGCGGAAUCGGGCAGAUCAAUAGUGACCAAGCCAUGGCAAGAAGAUGCACAGCUCACGGACUCAAGAAGAGCAAGCAGUUGCAGUUCACACCAAUAAUGCAAGCUGCCAACAAGGCACGAAGCGCUCCCAGCAGACAAGCAAGCUCGAAUGAGAAGGGAGCUGUUACCCCACAAUAG